CAGUGGAUGUCAGCAUACGUUGUCUGUGAAGGUGUCACUCAUUGACGCAACCAUUGAUGUAUUGUUUGGUGUUUUGGUAUCGCAUUGAAUGAGUGGUCAGUGUGAAGGUGUCUCCAUUAGUGGAUCGCAUUAGUGGUGAGAAGUGGUUGUAUGGAAGAGUUGGUGCAAACGGUUGAGAUGUCCCACAUUCCGGUGUCCAGAGAUGAAGUGGUCGAUGAGUUGGGGACCAAUCGAGGGCCCAAUCGGUCCAAGCAGUGGAGGAAUGGGAGCCAAAGCCAGUCUGUGGGCAAUCGACGUAUGGCUGACUCGGAGUUCACGUCAAUGUCGGGCCAAAGUCCGCAACGACUGGUGCGAAGCGAUGGCAAUGAGGAGGCGUCCGAGCGGUCCAACAGUCCGAUCGAUGACAACCAACUCGAAGAAGAGGAACUGAAAUACGGCGCCAAACACGUGAUUAAGCUCUUCAUUCCGGUCAGUGUCUGCAUGUUUUGUGUGGUGUUCACCAUAAACUCCAUAUCCUUCUACUCGUCCACAAACGUCUAUAUGGUUUACACGCCAUUCACUGACCAGUCAGUGGACACCACAACCAAAGUGUGGCAGUCCUUCGCCAACGCAUUCAUUCUGAUGGCUGUCAUUGUGGUCAUGACUAUAGUGUUGAUAGUGUUAUAUAAGUUCCGGUGCUAUCGAGUGAUCCACUCGUGGCUAAUAAUAUCAUCUUUAAUGCUAUUAUUCUUAUUUAUGUUCAUAUAUUUGGGAGAAGUCUUGAGGGCCUAUAAUAUACCCAUGGAUUACAUAACAGUCGCUCUAUUCAUGUGGAACUUCGGUGUCGUCGGAAUGGUAUGCAUCCACUGGAAGGGCCCGCUUCUCCUCCAACAGACAUACCUUAUCCUAAUAUCAGCCCUAAUGGCACUGGUAUUCAUUAAAUUCCUUCCCGAUUGGACCACUUGGGUAGUGCUCGGAGUGAUCUCAGUCUGGGAUCUCAUAGCAGUUCUUUGCCCUAACGGUCCGCUCAGGAUAUUAGUAGAGACGGCACAGGAGAGGAAUGAGACUAUAUUCCCGGCAUUGAUAUACUCAUCAGCGGUGGCCUACUAUGUGGGCACAGCCACCACUGAUAAUACCAAUGACACCAACAAUCACGCAGAAGAUGAAGACUCUGCGACCCAGAGAUUACCUGAAGUGAGGUUUACUGACCCGAGAGGACCCAUUGCUAACCCCUAUGGGAACGAGUCGUCGUCACAAAUACUGCCCUCAGAAGUGAUGGAAGAGGAGAGAGGAGUGAAAUUGGGUUUAGGAGACUUCAUAUUCUAUAGCGUUUUGGUGGGAAAGGCCUCCUCUUAUGGCGAUUGGAACACAACUCUGGCCUGUUUUGUGGCCAUUCUUAUCGGACUCUGUCUAACACUCCUAUUGUUGGCUAUAUUUCGCAAAGCAUUGCCAGCCCUUCCCAUAUCGAUCGCUUUUGGUCUCACCUUCUACUUCGCCACUUCCACUUUGGUUCAACCCUUUGCUGACCGCCUGUCCAGUCAACUCGUCUAUAUUUAGCACAAGUAUUAACUCAAUGUUUGAUAUUAUUUGCGAUUUGAACCAAUGUUUGAGAUUAUAAUAAAUUAAAUGAAAUGGUUUUUUAAGACCUCUCAUACAUAACACUCUAAUGACUCGUAUUUUGAAAAGUUCUCUGAAGUGAAAAAUCUGCGGGAAGUGAACCAAAAGAUCCGCAAAACUAAUUUCAUUCUACUGUUCAGAUGAUUGAUACAGU